CAUUAGCACAGCACACCUCUUGAGAUUAAUCACUCGUGCACAUGAUCGGGCACAGAGCACAUGUUUGAGCAGUCACGGUCUCGCCUGUCUGGAAGGAAAGCAGCUCAGUGAUGGAGUUCAGAGAGCUGGGAGCAGACGAGAGCUCUGAGGGCGAUAUGGAGGAUCUGGACAGCGUGAAAGCCCUGACGGAGAAACUCAAACUACAAACGCGCAGACCGUCGUACCUUGAAUGGAAAGAGCGCCUGCAGACUCGCCCGUGGACCGACGCCACAGACGGUUCAAAUGCCAGCAGCCCGGGAUCUGUGGAGAAAGACACCCAGCUAUGGGAUGGGAUGCCUUAUAAGAAUAUAUGCGGCUUUGAUACUAUAGACGACGCCUUAGAGUGGCUCAGAAAUGAACUGAGGGAGAUGCAGAUGCAGGAUAACCGUCUGGCACGGCAGUUGAUUCGCUUGCGGGGGGAGAUCCACAGGCUGAAGGUGGAGCAGGUGUGUCACCGUCACAAAGAGAUGCUGGAUGAUGCCACGUACGAGCUGGAGGAGUGUGAGGAGGACUCGGACCUGCUGUGUGACAUCCCCAUGAAAGCCGCCUUCACUCUGUCCACCCCUCUUAAACAUCUUGGUCUCACCAAAAUGAACCUAAACUCCAGACGGUUCUCACUUUGUUGAGAGGGACAGCGAGGAGGGACACCCCUCAAGGAACCUAAAUGCAAAGCUCUCACAGACACUGGAAACCAAAAAUUGUUUGAUUUCAGUGUUAAAAUUGGACUAUUGCAAAAUAAACCCCACUAAGCCUUAUUGAACCUUGUUUGACUAGACCACAGACGGCAGUAACCAGUAAUACAGACUAUACAGCACUUGUGAUUGCGGACUCACCACAGGUCUAAAAAAGUCAUCAUGCAGAGUUGAAAAAGAGAUUGUAUUUACUUUUGAAAAUAGAUGAACUGAUUUAAAAAUCAGGAGGAACCUGCUUCUGUGUCAAAAGGCGUGUGAUUGGCGUUUCUGAAUGCUCAGAGGAGGAAACACUCUCCCGUCAGUUUGGCUGUGAUCCCGAGCAGCAGCCUCACAGGAAGUGUGAGUUUUUUGUUCAGGCAUUUUCUCACCUUGUCUCUUAAAACCUAAAAAUAACCCCCACUCUACAGCUCAGAGCUGCAACAACUGAAAAGCUAUCCUCAGCCUCUGUUCUGUUCAGCCCACUGUCGGUGAUUGGUCUUAAAUGAGUUGAGGGCACAUUUUUGACAGUUUUUAUUUACAGGUCAGGAGAUUUUUAUAGUCUUUGUAUGUUCACAGAAUCUGUUAAAAUUUAGUUUACUGUAUUACACGCAUGGGAAAUUUAGCACAUCAUUUGUGCAUGGAUACUGUGCUUAUGUCAAAAGCUCCAUGAUAAAUUACAACAUAUCAGAAACGACCUUUUUAAUUUAAUAAAUUUCAGCUUGGGAAUAAAUAAUUGUUGAAAAUGUUUAAUAUAUAUUUAUAAAAUGAACACAUUUGUUCAGCAAGGAUUCAAUUUAUCACAAGAUAAUAAAUACUGGAGUAAUGGCUGAAAGCUCAGUUUUGCCAUUUUAAAUAUAUACUUGUAAAUAAAAUGAGCAUAACAUUUAAAUUACAGCUUUAUACAGUUGUAUUUUUUCAAGUUAAUGUAGGUUUUGUGAUCAUAUAAGACUUCUUUCAAAAACAUCACAAAUAAUUUUAAAGAACCCAAAUUUUUCAACAGUAGUGUACAUAAUGUUUAUUUGUUAAUAAAAUGUUUGAUGUACAAAUGUUUAAUGAACUGUUAAGGGAAUGAAACACCCUUUUUCUUUUAAUCGCCUGUUUACUAAAACACACUGACUGACUUUUUUGUUCUGCACAGGGCUAAACAAUGCCUUACAUUUGCUUGAAAUUAAUAAAAUGCCUUAAAGAUAUUUAGAAAUUUUAUUGUGAUUGAUAUUGUAAUUUGGAAGAAAGGAGAAAGAAAUAUUGCUCAUUCACUGUAACCCAUUCACUUAUAAUAAAAAUGUAAGAAUCUUUUGAA